GAGCCUGUUGGUUUUUCUGUGGGUUGGAAAGAAUAGGAAGGUGUUACACACAGGCUUCUGGGAUUUGAGCGGGGUGGGAAUCCCUGCCUUGUGUUGCUGAGGGCUGCGCUGGGAGCGGGCAGGCUGGGCAUGCGUGCAGCAGGGCAGGAAUGAGGAAGCGAGGAGCUUGGCGUCACUCGAGGGUGUGCAGCAGAGUUUCAGAGAGCAAAGACUAGAGGGGGGAGAGCUCAGCCUGUCGGAAAUACUCUUCUGGGUUAUUGUUUUAGUGGUGUUCAUGGAGCUCCCCAGGCAGAGGUUAUGUUUCACACUAUGUGCUGACUGUCUGUACUUACAGAAGAUAUUUAAAAGCAAACAGACUUUUUUUUCAAAGAUUUUGAUUCCAGUGGAAUCUGCUUUAGAUUUUUGUCUUGUCAAUUAACUCCUGAAACAAUGCCUGUACAAGCUCCACAGUGGACGGAUUUUCUCUCCUGUCCAAUUUGCACACAGACUUUUGACGAAACAAUUCGGAAGCCCAUCAGCUUGGGUUGUGGCCACACUGUCUGCAAGAUGUGCCUCAACAAGCUCCACCGUAAGGCGUGCCCUUUUGACCAGACCACUAUCAACACAGAUAUUGAACUUCUUCCUGUGAACUCAGCCUUGCUGCAGCUCGUGGGUGCUCAGGUUCCUGAACAGCAGCCAAUUACUAUAUGUAGUGGAGCUGAAGAUACCAAGCAUUACGAGGAGAGCAAAAAAUGUGUGGAAGAAUUAGCAUUGUACCUCAAACCACUCAGCAGCGCAAGAGGUGUGGGUCUGAACAGUACUACUCAGAGUGUCCUGAGUCGUCCUAUGCAAAGGAAACUUGUGACACUGGUUCACUGCCAGCUAGUGGAGGAAGAAGGACGGAUCAGAGCCAUGCGUGCGGCACGGUCACUUGGUGAAAGAACAGUCACAGAGCUCAUUCUUCAGCAUCAAAAUCCUCAGCAGCUCUCUUCCAACCUCUGGGCUGCAGUGAGAGCCAGAGGAUGCCAGUUCCUUGGACCGGCUAUGCAAGAAGAGGCUUUAAAGCUGGUUCUGCUGGCUCUGGAAGAUGGAUCUGCCUUGUCACGAAAGGUCUUGGUUCUCUUUGUGGUUCAGAGGCUGGAGCCGCGAUUUCCUCAGGCUUCUAAAACUAGCAUUGGGCAUGUUGUCCAGCUUCUUUACAGAGCCUCAUGCUUCAAGGUGACAAAGCGCGAUGAAGAUUCCUCCCUGAUGCAACUGAAGGAGGAAUUUCGUACUUACGAAGCUCUGAGAAGGGAACAUGAUUCCCAAAUUGUUCAAAUUGCCAUGGAAGCAGGUUUACGCAUUGCGCCAGAUCAGUGGUCCUCACUGUUGUAUGGAGACCAGUCUCACAAAUCCCACAUGCAGUCUAUCAUUGACAAGUUGCAGACCCCAGCCUCAUUUGCACAGAGUGUUCAGGAAUUAACUAUUGCUCUUCAGAGGACUGGAGAUCCAGCUAACCUGAAUCGUCUUCGACCUCACCUUGAGCUCUUGGCAAAUAUUGAUCCCAGCCCAGAUGCUCCACCUCCAACGUGGGAACAACUGGAAAAUGGGCUGGUGGCUGUAAGGACUGUGGUUCACGGCUUAGUUGAUUAUAUCCAGAAUCACAGCAAGAAAGGAACUGAUCAGCAACAGCCUCCUCAGCACAGCAAAUACAAGACGUACAUGUGCCGAGACAUGAAACAGAGAGGAGGAUGCCCCCGAGGGGCCAGCUGCACCUUUGCACAUUCACAGGAGGAGCUAGAGAAAUUUCGUAAAAUGAACAAGCGUCUGGUUCCAAGAAGACCUCUGAGUGCCUCCCUGGGCCAGCUGAAUGAGGUGGGCCUGCCUUCAGGAGCUAUCCUCUCGGAUGAAGGGGGAGUGGACUUGCCCAAUAGGAAAACCUCUGCUCUGCCAAAUGGAAUUGUGUCAACAGGCAGCACAGUGACGCAACUUAUUUCUCGAGGGACUGACUCCAGUUAUGAAAGUGCUCUGAAGCCAGGAAAGAUGGACCAUCUGAGUAGCAGUGCCCCCGGAUCCCCUCCUAACUUGCUGGAAUCUGUCCCCAAGAGCUCUAUUUCUGCCUUACCAGUGAACCCUCAUCCUGUGCCUGCUCGGGCACCAACAGAUCUGCCUUCAGUGUCUGUCACAAAACAGUUGCAAAUGGUACCUCGUGGAUCUCAGCUGUAUAAUACUCAGCAGGCAGAUAUCUUUUAUCAAGAUCAUAGGGGAACUGCCCCACCAUUUGAGCCAGCACCCUACCAACAAGGAGUUUACUACCCUCAAACCAUGUCUCGCUUUGUGCGGCCUCCUCCAUCAGCUCCAGAGCCUGGUCCGCCUUAUUUAGACCAUUACUCCCCCUACCUUCAGGAUCGUGUGGUGAGCCCCCAGUACACACAGCCGCAGCAGUAUCCUCCCAUGGGACAGCCCAUAUAUCCACCACACUACGACAGCCGCCGCGUGUAUCCCCCUGUGCAGCCCUAUCAGCGAGAGGAGAUGGGGACAGGGCUUCCUCGGCCCAUUGAAAUUCCACAAGCAGCUGUACCCUCCUACGUACCUGAAUCCAGGGACAGAUACCCACAAACGGAGGGUUAUUGCCCAGUGGCUCCGCAUCUCAGUCAGAUCAGACCUUCCUGCCACCGGCCUCAUCCCAGCCUGGAUGAACUGCACCGACGAAGGAAAGAGAUCAUGGCACAGUUAGAGGAGAGGAAGGUUAUUUCCCCACCUCCUUUUGCACCUUCUCCAACCUUGCCUCAUCCUUUUCAUUCAGAAGAGAUCUUUGUUUUUGUACAGUACUUAGACGAAGACCUGAAGGUAGCUGGGAAAUACAAAGGAAAUGACUACAGCCAGUACUCUCCCUGGUCAUGUGACACCAUCGGCUCCUAUAUUGGAACCAAAGAUGCAAAACCCAAAGAUGUUGUGGCAGCAAGGAGUGUGGAGAUGGCGAAUGUGGAUAGUAAAGCCAUGCGUGACCAACGAUUAGACAUGCAGAGAAGAGCAGCAGAGGCUGGUGAUGAUGACCUCAUUCCAUUUGGAGACCGACCGACUGUGUCGAGAUUUGGGGCUAUCUCUCGUACUUCCAAAGCAAUGUACCAGAAUUCUGGUCCUAUUCAGGCCAUGGCGGUUCAGGGAGCUUCCACCAAAUCAAUCAUUUCAGACUACAGUCCUUACGGAACUCAUGGUGGCUGGGGAGGCUCUCCAUAUUCUCCCCAUCAGAAUAUACCUUCUCAGGGACGUUUCAAUGACAGGGAGAGACUGUCCAUGUCAGAUGUGGCUGGUCAUGGAAAACAGUUGCCCUCAGCUGAGCGGGAGCAGCAACUGCGCAUGGAGCUGCAGCAAGUGGACCAUCAGAUUAGCCAGCAGACACAAAUGAGAGGACUGGAGGCUGUUAGUAACAGGCUGCUGUUGCAGAGGGAGGCGACUACCCUGGCAGGCCAACCACAGCCCCCACCCCCACCUCCCAAGUGGCCUGGGAUGAUCUCAAGUGAACAGCUGAGCUUGGAGCUACACCAGGUGGAAAGGGAAAUUGGGAAGAGAACCCGGGAGCUGAGCAUGGAAAGCCAGUCUUCACUGGAUAUAAAAAACAAACUGGGCACCACUAAACAGACAGAAAAUGGACAAUUAGAACCACAAAGCAAGGUUCCAGCUGAGGACCUCGCACUGGCAUUCAGCAGCGAUGUUCCAAAUGGAUCAGCCUUGACACAAGAAAACAUCAGCCUCCUGUCAAACAAGGCAGCAUCUCUCAGCCUGUCAGAGGACCCGGAGGGAGGAGGAGACAGCCAAGACUCCCAGAGAAUGGGUGUUACACCCACAUCUGCUCCAUGAAGAGAGGCCAGCGUACCCCAGAGUUCCUUUUGCUGGGGUGUUGGUAGCUUCCGUCACGUUUUAUUCCAGGAGUGAUUGGAGAAACCCAGGAGCAACAGCCGUAGCAGAGCAGCAGGUCCAGAGGCAAUGUGCACAAACACAAAUACUAGAAACAAAUCCUGCACAUAGUUCACAUUAACGCAUUUUUUAAUUAAAAAAAAAUGAAAAUUAGCAGUAUCUGCAAGCAAUUCAAAUUAAAUUUGUUUUUGUUCUGUGAAUGAACUUUAUUUUAAUAACUUCGGACGCCUUGGGUCCCAGGGCUUAAAAAAAUAAGAUAUUAUAUAUAUACUCUGUUUGAUUAAUUGUAUGAUCUUAAUGAAGUAGGUUUUUUCUUUUUUUUUUUUUUUUGGUAUUAUUACAUACCCAGUGCGUAAUUCCUUAUCACUUCUAUUUCUCAACAAAUAUAACAACCUGGCCAUUUCCUUUGUAUGAUUUAAAGGUAAACAGGGAAUGUGGGCUGUAGAGUAGCUCUGGAAUGCAGUGUCAGAAGAUGUGCAGCGAAUUAAAUUCAUAGAACAGUUUCUUCCCUUGUUUGUAGGAACUGAGCCCAACUUUUUCUUGUUUAAGUAAUUUUAAGUUUAAAUAUGACAAAAUCUUUUUCUGUGCAACAGAUGCAGACCAAAUGUAAGCUUGUGCACAGCGUGUGUGAUCAGAACAGGAACAAACGAUAUGUCCAACAUUCAGUACUUUUAUUUGAAGAUUGCUGUCCUGGUGGGGUUUUUUGUGGUGGAGUUCAGCAGAAUGCAGGCAGCUGAGGCUCACAGUAGAGAGACUGAACUAUCCAGUCAGGGUUGUGCAGCAUUAGUGAGGCAAGGUCUCUAGAAAUAGCAAGCAGGAAGAAUAUAAGGCUGUGCAGUUGCUUGGAAGGAUGUUAACUGGAGGUGAACUGUUGGCCUGUACUUGGUCACCCAGUGUUAGGUUGGUUUUGCUUGGUUGUUUUUCCCACUCUCGUUACGCUUUUAAAAUAAGCAAAGUGCAUACAGUGAGGUUAAUGCAGAGGGACUCAUUAACCUCUCUGCUUUCUGAAACAGGUCUUUUGUGUGCACUUCCCUCUCAGCAAUCCUUGCCUUUGUUAUUUCUUCAUUGUUACUUUAUUAUUAAACAUAUAAUAAUUUCUUCUAUGACCUGAUUAUUUUUUUCUGUUCAGUGGCACAUCAGGUAUUUAAUUGUGAUGCCGUUUUGAGUGCCUUUCACUGACAGAGAUGGUCAUCUUUGGUUUGCGCACAUCAGCAAUGGUCAUAUCUCAAAAACAGAGGAGAAUUGUUUGUUCUCUUGUAAAGUUCCCAUUGUUUAGGUUCUGUGUGUCACAGACCUCGGAAUCAAUUUCUGGUUUGUCUGUCGCUGCUGCCCUGAAUCCUUCCCAGAUGCCUAUUUAGAGGAGAAAAGCUGCAUCAAAAAUUCCACUUCAGGUGCAGCACUGAUCCUAUCAGUCAUAGUGGAAAGUAAAUUUGGUUUGAGACCUAGCGUGCUGCUUCUAGUAGAUGCUUUGUAAGCGUGAGUUGGAGGAACCGUGAGCCUUUCUAGAUCUGUUUUCUUUAAAGAAACAAGGGACUUGUUCUUGCUGCACAUUUUUUGACUUUGUUGGCGUGCGCUAGGGUGAGACCCUGCAUAUGAAGAACUUCAUAGAGGUUGAUUUUUGAAGUGCUGCUCCCUCUGCACCUUCUUGGCCUGUUAUUUUCUUUCUGGGUUAGACUACUAAAUCAGAAAGCACUGGUUAUGUAAUAAAUUACUGCAUUGCUUUGGUUGGGUAAAGCAAGAGUUAAUAAUUUUCUUGUUUGUUUGUUUGUUUUUUCCUUAACUUUAACUCCUGCUGAGGUCAUAGCAACCUUGGGCUAAGCUUUGCAUUCAUCAUACUGUUAAAUAAAACAAAAUAUGGGGGGUGGGAGGGGAUACAGUCCCACUAUUGCCUACCAGUAGGAGAGUCCAAACAGAAGACUCUUUUGAGUAGCAAUUAUUUAAUUUGCCCAGUCAAGGCACCGCGUUUGUAUACUAUUUCACAUUGAAUUUGAUUAUGCCCUACAGACCUGGCUGGUCAAGGAUUUGAUACACAUAUUGGCUUGGGAUUCGAGCUUUCUUUUUUAUUUAAAUAAAAAUUUAUAUAUAAAUAUAUAUAUAUACAUAUAUACGUAGUUAUAUCUGUAUAUAUAUUGGGUAUGUUUUAAGAAUUUUUUCGCAUGAGCGCAGCUGUUGUGAUCAGAUAUCUGGGAGGUAGAAGCACUGAGUGAAAAUAAAGGCAUUUUUCAGCACACACCCAUGUAUCUCCAUAUCUUCACGCAUAUUUAUUUUGCUCUUAGUUGAGCUUUAGCCUUUUAACUGCUAGCGGUAGUUUUAAAGCAUGCUUUUAUUUUUUAAACCCCUCUUAACUUUUGGCAAAGAAUCAUCUUGGCGCUGCAACUUUGCCAGCCCCCAUCCAUCCGCAUCUCCUACUUGAAGCCUAGCAGCACAGCCGUUCCCUUGGCACUGAGCAGAGCGAGGCUGAUGCAGUUUAGAGCCUGGUAGGUCUGUUUCCUCCCUUCUCUGCUCUGAGCGUGGUGAGGAGCUACAGGUUCCUGGCAGCGUGCUUGGCAGCCAGCUGACGCAGCACGGCGCUGUGUCCUCCCAUUCUCGAGCGCAGAGCUCCACCAUCAGGUCAGCCUGCUCUUCCUUGGUUUUAAUUAGUGUACUUCUUCCUGCUGAGUCUUUAUCAGCGCAGGGAGCUCGUUUUUGUUGAGAUAAUUAGUGCAAUAUUCUCACCUAGGAGGACAAGCCCAGAAGGUAUCUUCUGUUUACUGCAAUAUUUUUUUAAUGUGAACUGAAUUCUCAAAAACGGUUAUGAUUGGAACUACAGAUUCCUUUUCAACACUAGUAAGAAAAUCUGGAGGAGCAGAGAACUUUGUUUUACCUUUUAUUGCUUCUGCCAGCUAGUUUCCUUUCCACGUUAGGAAUCGCUCCCUCUUUCCUCUUUGCUUUUGCUCCUUGGAGGUUAGCAUUAAAUCUUUCAGAUUGCCUCUGCUGGCCUACAUAUAGCAAAUGCUUCCAAAACAUGGAUUAGAAAGGAGAGCUUACUCUUGUUGCUUCUCCUGUGUCCUGCUCUCCGUGCUGUACUUUGUGCGUGGUGUCCUUGUUGUGAUCAAUGUGUCCAGGUGAAUGGCCUCUUUGCCCAGUAUUAUAGUUUGGCUUGUUAAAUAGUUUGUUUAAUAUCUACCAGCAAUAUUGAUUUUCGUUAUUUCCCCCCUCCUCUCGCCCUUUCCUUGUUUCUCUGGAAAAGCUUAGUUGAUGAGACAGUCAAACAGCCAUGUAUGGUGCAUGUGUUUAAUUCUUUCUGAAAGCAGCACCUAAAAUGUUCACUUUUUAUGAAAAAAACUGGGAGAGCAGGUAGUUAUACAUGCAGUGAAGGCACUGACAGUUGCAGUAUGUAACCAGAGAGUGACAAUUCCUGGAGCAACCCUAUACCGCAUCAUGGCCCCAGUUGUACAGGAAUACGUGUGCACCUGCAUGAAGCUGGUCUGAUCUGUAAAGCAGUUCAGUCCUCCUACUAAAGCAAGAGGGAAUAGUAUUACAGUGGUGUUAAGAGCAUCGUUUCGUAGGUAGGUUGGAUUUUCUCCUGCAAUAGACACCUUUGGACACUUGUUGAUACCCGAGUUUCAGCUUCAGCAUGGACAACCCUCCCUCUCCCCCUAAGAAUGGGAAGCUUCAGGUGGUAGGUUAAGCUUCAGUGUGUCAGUGAUUCAGCCAGUGUAGAAGUGAUGUUGGUUUAUUCUGUACCAUCAGUAUCUUUCUUCUCUUAGAAACAUCACUGCAUCCUUUCCUACGCCCUAGUUCUCUAUAUAGGAGAAAUCUAUACUUAGUUGCCCCUUUUGUAUGUUACUGUAUCCUGUCCCAUUUUAGAACAGCACCUUUUUCCUUACUAUCAGAGCACCUUUCAAAACUCGGAGUACUGUUGUCCCCUUCUUUCCCUCAAUUUCUUUUCUGUCUUGUUUCCUUCGAGCCUUCUUCUCUGCCUCUUGUCCAUACCUUCCUUUCUUUCCUUCUUGGCUUGCCCAUUCACCCUCCCUGAUUGUGUAACAGUGACAGCUUGCUGCCUCAAAACAGAGCAUUCAAAUGAAUUCGCUUAGCCAAUAACUUCUGUGAAGUUGCCUUUUCUAAUGGUGUUAUUACUCAGUGAUGCACAAAUGUGAUAUUGCCCCUACUGGUAGGCAAACGAGGGAUCUGUAUAAACAUGGUAAACUGCUGUUUUUCUUUAAAGGAGAGCCAAAGACUUGUGCUUUACACUUUUUUUUUUCCUGGUGUAGCCAUUUGAUUGUCAAAUCUUUGUAGGGUUCUGUGAGUUGACUGUAUUAUCCUAACAGAAAUUUUAAAAUCUUCACAAUUGUCAAGCCUUACCCAUGCAUUGUGUUGUGGAAAACCAUUCCGUGUAGUCAUACAAAUUGCCAUGUACUGAGAUGUAUCUGGGGUAUUCUGACAUGUUCUGUCUCCCGUGUGCCCUCCCAGCUGCUCGAGUGGCUCAUUUAGAGAGGGAGAAGAAACAGAAAUUUUGUAUAAUUGAAGAAGCCUUGUCUUAGUUUAAAUUGACUUGAAUACUGAUUUGAAUUAUCUUUAUUUGCAGUAAAAGAUAAAUCUGUGCUACAAACAGAUUUAUUGAGCUAUUGAGCCCUUUGGAACUGAAAAGGUACAUCAAACUAGCAUUAAAUUAGAUGGAUAAAAAGCAAACUCAUACGACUACCUUGUCUCAUGACAGCAAAAAAGGCAAAAUCCUUUUGGAAAGGACUAGGAAGGAGGCUUUUCACUGAUAAAAAUAAAAGUUCACUUGCAUUUCCCUGCCUAACUUAAAUUCUUGCAGACUGUUACUCAGAUUUUUGGGUUCAGAGAGAAAUCUGUGAGGAGCCUAACUCCUUGCUGCCAUUUCCACUUACAAUCUGAACCAUAACGAAGCAAACUGCAGGAUGGUUUCCUGAAGGAGUGCAGUACAAACUACCUAUUUCACGCCUACUUGUAUGGUCCAACAAAUUCAGAGCUAACAGUCAGGAGGCUCAGCAGCAGGAGUGCUGACUCACCUUCCCUGUUCUAAAGUGAGGAACGAAGAAAACCCGUAUCAGCAGCGUGCAAGUGCUGUGUGUGUCCACGUGCAGAUGGAGUAUUUGUCGUCUUAGAAUAGCUAGAAGGAACACAGAGCAAGGCUGGCUGUUUCUAUGACUUCACUGCCAUGUUCGGAUUUGGUCGCCGUUCGUUUUUACAGAACAUCACCUCCUACUCUGAGCUAAAAAAAAAAUAAUCAAGUGUCAGCAGCUUAACCUUUUGUAUGACAGCAGAUCAAUUUCCCUGGAUGAAAAAAAGAAGCAAAGUUCUUGAGUUGUUUAAAAAGGAGUUUAGACAUGAAUUAGAAAGACCAUCUGCCUUGCUUGCAUAAAGUCUGAAUUUGAGGAGAGUGAGGUCAGACCUUGGUGCUAGAAGUUGGAUGGCUGCUGCUUGCAGUACCCGAGCACGCAGUCUGCAUAGCACAGAUUGAUCUUUCUCAGAUCAAGCAUAGCUUGGAAUGUCAAACACUGCACUGGGGAUUCUGUUCUCCACACUCAGCUGUUAUCAAGUGCAUUAACUCCUACUGAAAGGAGGAAGAAAGAGGCUGAAGAGUAAAUCAGCUCAAGUUAUGUAAGUAAACAGUUCAGGGGAACGUUAUCCCAGCCGAGUCCUCUUACCUAGUUAAUAAGUGGUCUUUACUCUUGUGUAGGAGGAAGCUCAGUGUUGUCAUUGUCUGUGAGGCGCUUCUUGUGAUGCAGGUAGGGUCUUGAUUAGCAGGGAAAGGAGAACAAACUUAAUACUGAUUUAUUUACUUUUUAUGGCAAGAGUAACAGGGAGUGGUGGAAACUCUGAACGCUGUUGUAAGUUAAGAGGGUGCAGUUUUUUCUGAAAAUUCCUAAUAAAAAGAGCAUGUGGGAAUUUGGAUUUUUCUGCAUCCUCUUCUUUCUACAUCAGAAACAUCCCAGUCAUUAGAAGCUUAAAAAUCUGUGACCAUAGUAAUCAAAAUUGGAUGUCUUGUAGCUUAGUAACGUAAAUAAUUAACUAUUUGUCCCAGUCAAUCUUUGCAAUUUCAGUGAGUUGGCGUAUGAUUUUAGUGCAGAUUGCCAAGUGUUCAGCAUUUUGGGCAGUUUAGGUGCCUGGCUGCAUCCAGCACACAGUUGGAUGUUUUCCUGCUCCAGGAAACAAGAGAGUUCUAGGAAAAAUCAGCUUCAGGUGGAGGAAACACAGCCUUGAGAAAAACAGAAGUAACAGGUGGUGCAGUGUCUCUGAAAAAAUAACAACACAACGCAUUACAGGUAAUGGGGUUACGUAUGAAAUGUGAAUGGGAAAAAAUAUAUGUGUAAGGAAAAAAAAAAAACAACCUUGUGGAGUAUUUGAUGUUUAAGAAAUGAUUUGCUUCCUUGUACUGUUAAAUGGAUUUAUGGAUAGUUCUGUGGCAGGCCGUACUCACAAGUCUUUGGCAUCCGAACCAGAUUGUGUACUGGAUGAAUCCCACAACUGGACGUGUGCACUGACCUCUUCAUUUCCAGCUUUUCAAAAUAAAACUUGGUAGCAGCACUUUAGAAAUGUGUAAAGCAACAGAGUGGAAACCCUGUUUGCAUCACAGCUGCUCCAGAGUUUACAGUUGGCCCCUUUUAUCUGCAGCCCCUUCUGCAGGAAGCUGCUGUAACACAGGCAAACCCAGCACACCAAACGGCUUGGUUUUUCCAAUUUUAAGGAGUUCCCGUUACCCCUUUGGCCUUUGCUUGCUGUGUAAGCAGCCUCUGUGCUAAGAGGAGCUUUCCUUGAAGUCAGCUUAGCAACUGUGCUGUAGCUUGAUUAUUUGCCCCGUUUUCUAUACCCAGUAACAUGGUGUCAGGAGCUCCUUCCUCAUUGUAGCUGUUGCUAUGGGGAGGAAGAGGUGGGGCAAAGCGCUCGUGAGAAGAGAGAGGAAGAGUUACAGGACGGUCAGUGCAACAGCUCCCAGCUCCUCUUGGAAAUAUCUGCUUCCAGUUGUGGGAUUUCUCUAUAGAUGACUUUUUUUCUCUUGUUUUUGUAAGCCUAGGUGUUUGUUUGGUUUUUUUUUGAUCUUGUUAGUUCUGUACCGGUCUCCCCGAGACAUACUGCAGUCAUUAUCACCUUUUUGGGUGGAGUUUAUUUUUUGGUUUGUUUGGUUUUUUAAAUAACUUUUUAACAUUGGUGCAUAUAUGCUUGGGAUAGAGCUCAUGUAAUUUUCCAAUCGUAUUGAUUGUAUGUGAUUGUGCCCUGCAGAGGUAUAUUUAACAAAAAAUAAAAAGGAUAGUCUAGGUAAUAAAGGAGACCAUGAGAUUUGUUGA